AUGUGGAACUCAAUGAAAAAUAAAAUUACUUCUCGAAAAGAUAAUAGAGGGUCCGCCCCGUUUCUUGCCAAAACAUACGAUAUGGUCGAUGAUCCUUCUACUGACGCUAUUGUGUCCUGUCCCACUAACAAUAGCUUCGUCGUCUGGGACCCACCUGAGUUCUCCAGACAGCUCUUCCCAAACUUCAAACACAAUAAUUUUAACAGCUUCGUUCGACAAAAUACUUAUGGAUUUGAUGAAGUUGAUCCUGACCGAUGGGAGUUCGCAAAUGAGGGUUUCUUAAGAGGCCAAAGGCUUCUUAAAAGCAUUGUACGUCGUAAACCGGCUCAUGCGCAAAAUAAACAGCCUCAGCAGCCACAUGGACAGAGCUCAACAGUUGGGGCGUGUGUUGAAGUUGGUAAAUUUGGCCUUGAGGAAGAGGUUGAGAGGCGGAAGAGGGACAAGAAUGUGCUUAUGCAGGAGCUUGUCAGGUUGAGGCAGCAGCAGCAGACAACUGAUAAACAUCUACAAACAAUGGUACAACGCCUUCAUGGAAGGGAACAAAGGCAACAACAAAUGAUGUCAUUCCUGUCAAAGGCUGUGAAUAGCCCUGGAUUGGCACAGUUUGUACAGCAACAAAAUGAGAAGCAGCUCAUAACUGAAGGCAAGAAAAAAAGGAGACUUAAACCAGAUGUUGUUCCAGAUGAUCAUCCAGUCACUCCUGCUGAUGGGCAGAUUGUCAAAUACCAGCCUUUUAUGAAUGAUGGUUCAACUGCGAUGUUCAGUCGUAUGAUGUUGGAUGCAUCUCCUCAGUGGAACCUUGACAGGGACACGACUUCAGGGAUAUCAGAUUUGCCAUUAGUGAAGAGGUGUUACAGCUGUUGGCCCUUCGGAAGAGAUCAGUCUUUACCGGUAGGUGUCACUUCUGAUGCAGUGAAAAUGACUCCAUUUCCGGAUAUAACCCCCCUAGUUGGUUCGCAGGAGUUGCCGGCCGUCAAUCUUUCUCUGAAAAACAUGCUUAUGCAUGAGCCUCGCUUACAAGUGGCUCGAGAAGCCAAUGUUGAUAACAGCAUAUUCUGA